CUCCACACAGUGCAGGGCUCCAGGCUUCCCUCCCUCCCCUCCACGGCUUCGCUCGCUCACCCGCCCUCCUGCUCUAAGCCCAAAGCUCCCGUCCCGAGGGCUUCAGGUCUUGGCCCCUACUCCUCGUCCGCUUCCCGGGCCACCGCUUUUAGGUGUGACUUCCUCAUCAUCUGCCCUGACGGGGAUCGCUGGUUUCUUCCUCCAGAGAUCGCAUCUCUGGUCCGCGGGAUCCGAUGAGAUGCGGGGGUGCUCUCGCAGUCCGACCUCGUAGCAGGCAUGGCUGAAGCGGCCACUUCUUCGUCUUCGUCCGGAUCCUUCGCCCCGCGCCGCCUCCAUGACGCCGGUGUCGUCAGGGAAUCGCUCCCGUACAGUGUUCUCGCUGCACCCCCGCCGCCGCCUCUGCCUCCGGUGCAGGUGCAGGUUGCGGGUUCCGGCGGCGGCGGUGGAGGGAAGAUUAACCCCGCGGUGCUUUUCAUCAUCGUGAUUCUCGCAUUAGUGUUCUUCAUCUCCGGCCUGCUCCACCUUCUCGUGCGCGUCCUGUCGAAGAAGCAGCACCGCCGCGGCGGCCCAAGGGACACGGCGUCGGCGGCGGCGCCGAGGACUGGAGUGGAGGCAGGCGGGGUUGACGUGGCGUUGCAGCGCCAGCUGCAGCAGCUGUUCCACCUCCACGACUCCGGGCUGGACCAGGCCUUCAUCGACGCGCUGCCGGUCUUCGCGUACCGGGAUAUCGUCGUGGGCGGCGGCGGCGACGGGGACAAAGAGCCGUUCGACUGCGCGGUGUGUCUGUGCGAGUUCGAUGCCGAGGACCGGCUCCGUCUGCUGCCGCUGUGCGGGCACGCCUUCCACCUCAAUUGCAUCGACACGUGGCUGCUGUCCAACUCGACCUGCCCGCUCUGCCGCGGGGUUCUCUUCAUCCCCGGGCUCAUGGGCGAGGGCAACCCCAUGUUUGAUUUCGAGGAGAGACUGGAGGAAGGGCGGUUGUCCGAGGACUGUGACGACGGAUUUGGAUUGCCUGGGCUGAAGGCUUCAGGGUUGGCACAGACACCGGUGGCUGAGAAGAAGGUAUUCCCUGUGAGGUUGGGGAAGUUCAAGAAUGUCGGAACCCAGGGUGCGGUGGAAGGUGGCAAUGCCAAUGCCAGUGUGUUGAGUAGGGAUCAAGUGGAGAGUAGCAGCAGCAGCAGCUUGGAUGGAAGGAGAUGCUUCUCCAUGGGCACCUAUCAGUAUGUUCUUGGCACUUCUGAGCUCCGAGUAGCUCUCCAGCCUGGCCGUAUUAGAAAUGGCACUGGUGGUGCAAUGAUGGGAAGACCUCCUGGUUUAAGUUCGAUCAAUGCUGAUAUUAUGGAGGGGAAGAAGAUCUGUACACGCAACAAAGGGGAGAGUUUCUCUGUGUCGAAAAUUUGGCAAUGGUCUCAUAUUAAGGGCAAGCUACCUGCUGGUUCGGAUGAAUGUUCGGAUGCCGGGAGCCUUCCUUGGAUGAAGAGAGGAGGUGCUGCGGAUACAUCAAACUUAUGACUCUGCACUAGUGUAAUGAGCCUUUCUUUAGUUAGUGAUACCCACCUAAUUUUCACCUGUAGUCAUUUUUCUUAUCUAAUUUUCAUGUGCUCAUUUUGAUUGGAGUGCCAACCUCAUUGGGGGCUUAGCUUUUGGUGAUCUUGCCAUGUUAGUAUGUUUCACCACGUAGAAUUGUAGAUUGUGAUGAUUUAUUUGAUCUGAUUCUGGUCUGCCUAAUGUUUUGUGUUGGGUCUGAUGUAUCAUUUAUUCCUCCAUCCAAAAUUAUAUUGGUCAUUGUGGCU